AUGCCGGAAGACGGGGAUGAAGACCCCACCCUGCAGGUUGAGGUCCGUCAGAAUAGCAAGCUUGUGGUCGAUGAAGACGCGUUGGCGUCCCUGGCCGCCCAGCUGACGGAGGAGGAGGCCCAGAGGUGCGACGCCUCCAUGAUGCGCCGGUACAUCCGUGCCUGUGGGGGCGAUCAGAAGCAGGCGCUGCGCCGCAUCAGGGACACGCUGGCGUGGUUCGAGGCGGAACGCCCCGACCACCUCCACUGCCGCGCCUGCGCGCGCGACCCAAAGUCGCACUACAUGCAGGUGGUGGCCUGGGACCGGGGCCGGCGCCCCACCAUCUACUCCUGCCUCUCCAUCCCCACCUGCCGCACCAUGGAGGACACGCGCGCGCAUAUGAUUGCCACCUUCCAGCAGGCCAUCGCCUGCAUGGCGGGGGGCGUGGAGGACUGGGUCUGGGUGCUGGACAUGCACGGAUUCGGCCUGCGCGACAUUGACCCGCGCAUUGCCUUUGCCUUCCUCAAGGUCUCCGCCGCGCACUACCCGGAGCGCCUGGCACAGGCCUACAUCGUCUCCGCGCCCCGCAUCUUCUCCACCUUCUGGCACUCCAUCUCCCCCUUUAUCGACGCAAAGACCAAGGCCAAGAUCCACUUUGGGCACUACAACAAGCACGGCGGCAACGAGAAGCUGCGGGCUGCGCUGUGCAAGAACAUGGACGACGAGACGGUGCACUGGAUGAUGGAGGAGAUGGCGGAGAACCGGAUCAAGGCCGGGUGGCAGACACUGCAGCGUCGCUGA